AUGAUCUUCACCGUUCUCCGUUGGCUGUUCCUUGUGUUUAUAAUUGUCUUGACCAUCGGGGGUAACGUCCUGGUCUGCUUGGCUGUGGGUCUCAGCCGGAGACUGAGGCAGAUCACUAACUGCUUUGUAGUGUCACUGGCCGUGGCGGAUCUCCUGCUUGGCCUGUUGGUGCUGCCCUUGUCUGCAACCGUGGAGCUGCGUAGCAGGAAAUGGCCUUUCGGAGGAACCCUGUGCAACAUUUAUAACUCACUGGAUGUCUUGCUGUGUACGUGCUCCAUCCUGACUCUCCUGGCUAUCAGUGUGAACCGAUAUUUGGCCAUUUCAUCCCCCCUCAGCCACUCUCAAAUAGUCACCCCUCGAAGGGUGACACUGGCUAUAAUCUCCAUCUGGCUUGUGUCUCUGGUUGCAGCCUUUUUGCCCAUCCAAAUGGGCUGGAACACAGCUGACUACAAGGUGCAGAACUUGGACUGGGGUACUGGGGAUGAGGACAAGGAGGAGCACUACUGUCAGUUUGAAUGGAGUAACAACUAUGUUCUCAUCUAUGCCUUUGGCUUUUAUUACUUGCCUCUGCUACUUAUGUGUGGAAUGUACCUUUGCAUUUUCAGAGCGGCACGAGAACAGGUGCGUCGUAUCCGUGCUACCACCCCGUCGUUUGCACGCUCAGCAUCUGCAACCAUAGUCCACGAGCACAAGGCUACAGUGACCCUUGCAGCUGUACUUGGUGCGUUUGUCAUCUGUUGGGUACCCUACUUCACCUUUUUCACUUUCAUGGGUAUAAAUGAAAAAACAAUACCCCCAAAUACACUUCACUCAGUUGUCCUUUGGCUUGGCUACUUCAACUCAACUCUAAAUCCCAUCCUGUAUCCAGCAUUCAAUAGGGAUUUCCGUCGAGCCUAUGGGGAGCUGCUUCACUGCAGAAGGCCGCCACACCGAAAACUGCAACUCCCUCACUUGUCUCUGUACAAACGACUAGCCUUUAUCAAUGGAAUCAAGGCCUCAGCACAGCCUAAGAAAAGUAUAGACAUAGUUAAGACUGAAAGUGAGAAAAGCUCAACUCUUUAUGAGCUGAAAAACAGCCCUCAAGAGCCAAGAUGA